CCAGUGGGCGGCAGCCAGAACCUGCGGGCGUACUGGCAGCACUACCUGAGCGAGGCCCACGUGCUGGUGUUCGUGGUGGACUCGGUGGACAGGUCGCGCCUGCUGACGGCGCGCCAGGAGCUGCAUGCACUGCUGGCCGCGGAGCCCCUGGUCGUGCUGGCCAACAAGCAGGACAAGAGCAAUGCCCUGAGCAUGGCGGAGCUGCGGGAGGAGCUGGCCCUGCACAUGCUCAGCGAGCAGCGGGAGCUCUUCCUCCUGCCCACCAGCGCGACCUGGGCCAGCCUGAGCAGUGCCACCAGCGUCCUCCACGUGAAGAGCCUGCUGGUCACCCUGCUGUCCCAGCCCUGA